AUGUCUCCUAAAAAAACGGAAAAACCCAAGAGGAAAAUUGCCAAAGAGAAUCAUUUCAUCUCUACGGCGGUGUACCGAGUCAGUUUGCCAGAUCCCGACGAGGGCCUUAAGUUUCUGCCUUGCGGCAAAGCCCUCGAAGAGUACGCCAAGGAAAUUGUCACCUUCCCGGAGGUGGAGGCCCAGUACGACCACCACUUCGAGGGGCUGGAGGAUAUCCUGGAUGUGGAUCUGAUCACUCGCAAGUUCGGCAGACGGCGCUUGAAGAAGAAGCAACUGAAUCCCGAGGAGGCUGAUCUGCUGGCGGACAUCGGGGCCACGCCCAGCCGCGACAGGGAGUGUGCCCAAAUGUUCGCCAAGGAACGAGACCCGGUGCCACGCCCACGCGCGCCCCUAAAAACUCGACCAGCGGAGGGGCAGGAGUCCAAGGAGUUGGAGGCUCUCAGCCAGGAGGAGCAGACACGGCUGAUCAACCAGACCUUUGAGGACGUUCAGGUGGCGCCCAAACCAAAGAAAAAUGUCCAUCUGGUGGCGGAGUUUGACCUGCUCCCAGACGAGGAGCAGACCGGAAAUAAUUUUGUGGAUAUUCACUUCGAUGUGGCCCCAAGGGCAGUUUCCACGCAGACAGUCAUGCGCGAUUGUGGCGCCUCCAUAGUGAACUUUGUGGCCGACCCAAGUCGAGCUCUGAGUCCCUUCGGAGGGUCGCGUACCUUUGUCUCGGAUCAGCGCUUCACGGUGGACCACACUGCGGAGAGCAAUGAGCGCGGGGAGCUACUGGCGGUGACCAGAUUCACGGACGCCUACUACUACGUGCCCCUGGAGCGGACCAUCAAGUUGAAGCGGCAGCGCCCCAGCUCCAAGGAUCAGGCUGACAACUUUGAGCUGCUGGUCAGGGAGCAGUAG